UCGGCCCUUCUGCCGUGAAAAAGGAAGAUGAGCAGCAGCGGCGCGCCGACACGGAACCGAGCCUGAAGCGAGCCUGAACCGGGCCUGAACCGGGUCUGAACCGGGUCUGAACCGAGCCUGACUUCCAGCGGAAUGGCGGCGGAGCGGCUGCUGACGGACCGGAGCCAGAGCUCAGCUGCUGUUCCCCGGCCUUGAACCCGUCCCGACCGCCGCUGGAGCCGCUGGAGCCCCGGAGCUCUGCAGCCUGGAGGAGCGGCAGCCUGCCGGGCCGAGCCGUGCUAAGCCGGGCCGAGCAGAGCCGUUGUCUCCGGCCCUGCUGACGAUGCUCAGCUGGCUGCUGGACUGAAGCUUCAACAACACCGCACCCUGAAACCAGACCCGAUCACCCCCUGUCCCCUUUCAGGCUGCAGCAUGGAGCGCUCCGGCAGCAUCCAGCUGGACAUCCCGGACUUUAGUAACUCCGUCCUGUCUCACCUGAACCAGCUGCGCGUUCAGGGCCGCCUCUGCGACAUCGUGGUCAACGUGCAGGGUCAGAGCUUCCGGGCGCACAAGGUGGUCCUCGCCGCCAGCUCGCCGUACUUUCGGGACCACAUGUCUCUGGGCCAGAUGAGCACCGUGUCGCUGACGGUGAUCCGCAGCCCGUCCGUGUUCGAGCAGCUGCUGUCCUUCUGCUACACGGGCCGGCUCUGCCUGCAGCUCGCCGACAUCAUCAGCUACCUGACGGCCGCCAGCUUCCUGCAGAUGCAGCACAUCAUCGACCGCUGCACCCAGAUCCUGGAGGGCAUCCACCUAAAGAUCAGCCUGGCGGACCUGGACGAGGACCCCCGUGAGGAGGAGUCGGCUCGGGGCUCCAGGAACAGCAGGACCCUGGAGGCCGCGGUGCGAGCGGGCGGCCACCGCACCGGCCUGCGGCUGCUCGGCGCCAGGGGGGGCGCCGAGGCGCGCGAGGACGUCAGCCCCGCCGAGGAGACCCUCAGCCCGCUGCUGACCGUGGAGCACGGCGGGCUAGAGGGGACCGGGGCCCCCUGCAGAGCGGGGAAAGAACCGAUCCUUCGCAUCAACCGGGCCGGUCAGUGGUACAUGGAGACCAACAGCGAGCCGGAGCGGACCGGCAGCGCCGAAGAGGGCGUAGCCGCGGACCGCGUGAGGAUCAAAACGGAGAGGAUGGAGGACUGGAUCGGAGCGGGGGACCACCAGGAGGAGGGGGGCGCGGUGGAGGACGGGGCCACCGUGAUGAUCGACACCUCGGGGCGCAGCACGCUGGUGACGGCGCCGGGGGGAACGCCGGGGAACCGCAGCACCCAACCGUCCUCCAGCUUCAGCGAGACAGACAGGUUCAGUCCCUCUGGCAGUGUGGUCGUCUUGGCGGAGCGUCAGAGAGCAAAGAGUGAAUCUCCAAGCAGAGCAGACGAGCUGCGACAGCCGAGCUCCCAGGGGGAGGAGCAUGCAGCGUUUGAUAUGGGUGGCUACGAGGACUACCUGAGGGAGCAGGUAGGGGACCGCUGGUACCGCUACAACCCCCGGCUCACCUGCAUCUACUGCUGCAAGUCCUUCAACCAGAAAGGCAGCCUGGACCGCCACAUGCGGCUGCACAUGGGCAUCACGCCCUUCGUCUGCCGCAUCUGUGGUAAGAAGUACACCCGCAAGGACCAGCUGGAGUACCACAUCCGCAAGCACACCGGCAACAAGCCCUUCCACUGCCAUGUGUGUGGCAAGAGCUUCCCCUUCCAGGCUAUCCUCAACCAGCACUUCCGCAAGAACCACCCGGGUUGCGCCCCCCAGGAGGCCCACAGCGCCUCCCCCGAGACCACCACCGCCUCCGUCACAUCCAGGGGAGGGCCGAGCGACGAGGCCUCCCCCAGCCAGGAGGAGCCCGAGGGCAGCGGUGGCCAGUACAGCGAGGGUCCCCAGGCCUCGGUCUCCACCACGGGGCCCGACUGACCUCGAGGGAGGGUCCAAAUCAGGGUAGGGGGGGUCACAGUCGUGGAGGGCCGCUCUGAUCCUUUUGCACCUGAAGCCAAAAGGACGCUGAACCGCUGAAGUGGACCAGCGCCAGAAAGGACGGAAGAGUCCGAACUGAGAGGAUUACUCCGCUUUAAACCGCAUCUACCUUCACAAACCGAACAGAUUUAAGCUACAAUGAAGAAGCGCCACACACUCCAACAACCUCAUGCACCGACGACCUCGUGGUCCUCGUGGACCUCGUGGUCUUCGUGGACCUCAUGGUCCUUGCCUGCCUCCGUCUGCUUUAUGUUACAGAUUUCUACUUUUAUAUUGUGUCGCAGGUUCACAACAGUCUGCUGGAACUUUGCCAAGCUGCUCGGUGCCAGUUAGAUCAAAUCCUUCAUAUUUGCCUUGAGACAAUCUGGAGCAGCAAGGUUAAUAAUAAUAAUAGUAAUAAUAAUCCUGCGGGCUCUUAUAUGCCACAUGGGCAUAUAAAUAUUAGUUCCGGUGUGAUCAGAGCUUCUUUACUUCCUUGUGAAGCUUCUGGAACAAAACUGUGUUAUUGAUUAAUCUGCCGCUUAGUUUAUUGAUCAGUAGAUCAAUAAUCUGGUCUGUAAAGUCUUUCAAUAUUCAGUUUAUCGUCACAGAAUUAAGAAGCUGAAGAUUACCUUCCUCACUUUGACUUCAAAAUCACCUCAAAUUAGUAAUAGUCAAAAUAGUUGCAGAAGAAUUUAGAAACGACAUAUUUGACUUCAGCACCUGUCCAGCUAACCAGAGGGAGGCCAUGGGUUAGGGGGUCAGGGUUAGGGGGUUAUGGUUAGGGGGUUAUGGUUAGGGGGUCAGGGUUAGGGGGUCAGGGUUAGGGUUAGGGGUGCAGAGCUCCGAUCACACUGAUCAAUUCUUUCAGAUUACAGACUCAAAGCAGGAAGCCUCAGAUAAGCUACACAGUUACCUCUCACACUACGCAAUACAGCUGCUGCUCCACCAGAGUGGCUCUUCUCCACACGGCUCUGCCAGGGGGCGCUCUGCUCCACACGGCUCCACUAGGGGGCUCUCUGCUCCACACGGCUCCACUAGGGGGCGCUCUGCUCCACCAGGAGCGCUCUGCUCCACACGGCUCCACCAGGGGGCUCUCUGCUCCACCAGGAGGGCUCUGCUCCACACGGCUCCACCAGGGGGGCACUCCGAUCCACCGGUAGGGGGCUCUGCUCCACCUGGGGGGUGGGGGGUGCUCUGAUCUACACAGAGCUCCGUCUACUCUGAUUUAUUUUUUAUAAACAAACUUGUGUUUUAUUGUUUUCCUUGGGCAUUUUUUCUUCUUUUUGCUCUGACAAUGUUUGAGAUGGUCAACAGAACCUUCAGGACCGGUUCUGUUGAUGACGCAUUAAAUCUGCUGCAGCAAAAUAAACGUACUAAAACUAACGAGAUGACACAGAACUGUAGAAUCAAUCCGGCAGAAUUAACAGAAGAAAGCCAGCUGUGUCAUCUUUAUGCUAUGCUAGCAUUAGCUAGCAAGCUAACAUACGUUUUCCACUUUAAUUAUUCAGAGCUGUGUGGCAUAAAGAGCUGACUGUUAGCUUUGUUUAAAUUAACGUUAAAUCAACUUGAUCUAGUUUUCUUUAGACACAGAACAUUAGAAUUAGCUCAAAUGCUAGCUCUAGUUCAGAACUUAAACCUCCUAAAACGUUUGUGAACUAAAGCCAACACAGAGGAAUUUAGCUACAAUAAUGUUCCUGAAAAACACAGAAAACAACAACAAUCCUCCAGCUGUUUUGCUACUAUUGUGUUCGAGAACUACAUUUAGUUUCUAAAAGCGCUAACGUAGCUGAGCUAGCUAGUUAGCUCACGUAGGUGAGCUAGUUCGCUCGAUUUUUCAGUGUAGGUCCAGGUUGUGCUUAGCUUAGCACAAAGACUGGAAGCAGGGGGCAUACUAGCCUAGCUGUACAUUGGUAUGUUAGCUCAAACUAAUUAGUCUUGUAUUGAAUACUUGUUGAACUAUUGAUCUAGUAUUUCUACAGUUGCACAUGUGCAGUAGAGGUAAUGCGUCAUGCCGACAAACGGUCCUGAUCGGCUCAUUGAUCGAGUCCUGACCGUCAGACCAGAUGGAUGUAGCCGGCCAAUGGAGCUGGACUAGAACUGAACCCUCCAGAGGUCAAAGGUCACCUGCCACCGGGCGACCAAAGAAAAGACCACGUUGGAACUCCAAAACAACUCCAGCACUUCUCAGAGAACGAGGAUCAAAAGCAGAACUUUCUACAGAACCACGUAUUUAAACCUAUGAAUACUAAUGAGCUGGUAGUACAUGAAUAUUCAUGAGCUGGUAGCACAUGGAUCAGCAGUUUUCUACGUGGCUGAUACACUUUUUUAUGCAAGUGAAGCCAGCGGCUCGUCCUUUACAUUACAUUACAUGUUGUCUUCAGGCUAAACCAGGAAGUAUCAGGUAUUCAGACUGCUAACGGCUCAACCUCAGAAACUCACCUGUAAAUAACCAGGCACUGGGCAACAUGGGAUAUGGAAUCAGUUGUCACGGCAACCUAUACGGCAACAGGAAGUACUGCUUCCUGAUUGUCUGACAGCUAGACUUGUUUCGGGACAUUCAGUUUGUUGACUGUUCAUUCGGAAUAUUAGACACAAAAUAGUGAAAAUAUUACUCCCAGAAAUCUAGAACAUAAAAGUUUUCUCCUCAUAAAACCUGGUUCACAUUGGAAAAUCUUUGCACUACACCUGUAGCCACACCCCUCAGUGAUGUCACAGCGCCCUGCAGUACACCUGUAGCCACACCCCUCAGUGAUGUCACAGCGCCCUGCACUACAUCUGUAGCCACACCCCUCAGUGAUGUCACAGCACCCUGCAGUACACCUGUAGCCACACCCCUCAGUGAUGUCACAGCACCCUGCAGUACACCUGUAGCCACACCCCUCAGUGAUGUCACAGCGCCCUGCAGUACACCUGUAGCCACACCCCUCAGUGAUGUCACAGCACCCUGCAGUACACCUGUAGCCACACCCCUCAGUGAUGUCACAGCGCCCUGCAGUACACCUGUACGUCACUAAACCACUUGAGGUAAAUGUCUACUUUAAUAUUUUGGCUGCCGAUCAGAUUAAUUAUUGAACUACUUUACGUUACCCGGUUACUUCGUAAACACUAAAAUAGAAACACGCUGAAGGUCCCGAAACAUCCCAAAGUAUUUCUGAUGAAGAUCACGACCUCAUGUUGCUCAGCUCUCGCAUCAAAACAUCCACAAUUCAUUCUUCAGAUUCAUGAAACUAAUGACAGGUUUCAUUUGUUUCAUUUCCUUCCUAAACCAGAUUGAACCAGUCCAGACCGCCUCAUAGUUUACAGACCAGUCAAGUUCAGCCCGGUCUAAUCUCGUCUGGUUCGGUCUAGCCUGGUCUAGUCUGGUUCAGUCUAGCCUGGUCUAGUCUGGUUCAGUCUGGUCUGGUUCAGUCUGGUCUGAAGGAAUCUAUAAAGAAGGAGAAGUGGGAUCAGAACUCAGGUCCGAUGGACCUUUAGGUUUUGUUAAACCGGAUCAGAACCGACAGAUUUACUGUGAAGUCCUUGUUCUUCAUUCCGUUCCGUCAGAACCAAACACAUAAAUGUGACACUUGUUCUGGUUCUGAAAUAACGGAUACAAGCUUUAACAAUCCGGCUUCUCCUGCUCGAUGGUUCUUCAGGUUCAUCUUCAAACUGUGAAAACAGCUCAACCUCAUCCUCCUCAUCCUCCUCAUCUUCCUCCUCAUCCUCCUCAUCCUCCUCUUCCUCCUCAUCUUCCUCCUCAUCCUCCUCAUCCUCCCCUUCCUCCUCUUCCUCCUCAUCCUCCCCUUCCUCCUCAUCCUCCUCUUCCUCCUUGUCAUCGCCCUCUGGUCCUCCAGGUUUCAUGUUUCUUUGUUUUAUUAUGUCGACGACCACAACACGUCUAAUUAUGAAUCAAAUCAUUUAGAUAUAUACUCACUUAAUGAGAUUACUCUUUACUGUCGACUCCUCAAAUAUAUCCUAAUAUAUCAAAGAAGAAGCGUUUAGUAAAUUAACUUUGAGUACUGUACAUUUGAUUUUCAGAGGUACAGGGUUUCAUGUGCAGAUCUUUUAUGUCGCAUGUCUCUGUUGGGGUUUAAAUGUGAAGAAGCUUCUCUCACCAUGACCACUCGAUCACUCACAGGUCUCCUCCAGAGGAAAUAAAGCACUUUAAGUGUC